UGUUGGUGAAUGUUUGGACGAAUCUUCGCGAACAGCCGUGCAUCUGUGUUAGUGUAGCGAAAUUCAAUAUGGCUUCCCUGAAAACACUGAAGUAAAUACAUCUCGUGAGACGUCGACGAAAAAGCAAGUGAAAAAGCGCGUGUAUUCCUUCGUUUGCUGAGAAAAUAUAUUGAACAGCUUGCUAGCCCAAUACCAGUGUCGCGUGUUAAACAACCGAACGGAACAAAAUGUCGCUUUUCGGGAUGAUGAACGAUAUAGAGGAAGAUCCUAUUUUUGGCCAUCAUAUGCGUUCGAUGCGCCACAUGAGCAACAUGCUGAAUUCGCUGUUUUCCGACCCGUUCGGUAUGAUGGGUGGGGUUGGCGGCGGGUUGGAAAGCAUCGCCGCCGGGCCUGCGUUCGGGAUGCGCCACAACGCGAUGAUGCCGUUCAUGCCGCCGACCAUGAACCGACUGCUGAGUGUGGGCGGCCCGGCCGACGGUCCGUCGUACUGCAGCAGCAGCGUCAUCUCGAUGACGUCCGGCCCGAACGGUCCGCAGGUGUACCAGGCCACGUCGAGCACGCGCACCGGCCCGGGCGGCAUCAAGGAGACGCGCAAAACCGUACAGGAUAGCCGCACCGGCACGAAAAAAAUGGCCAUCGGGCAUCACAUCGGCGAGCGGGCCCACAUCAUCGAGCGGGAGCAGAACAUCUCCACCGGGGUGCAGGAGGAACGGCAGGACUUUAUCAACCUGGACGACGAGGAGGCGGAAGACUUCGAUCGCGAGUUCCAGGCCAAGGCGCGCACCGUGCUGGGCGGUCACGGGGGCGGACGUCGUUCGGAGCAGCUGGCACUACCAUCGACCCAACCGGCUCCGUCGCAGCGCAUUCUGUCGAUUACCGAGGUGCCGGACAAUGGGUGCGAAUCGUGCGGCAACCCGAGCGAUACGGCGAUCUGCAGCGCAUGCAGCAGCAACAACCAGCACAGCGGCAGCCACGAUCAACAGCAGCAGCAGCAGCAACAAUCGUCCCGAUCGCAGCAAGCACCGACAAAAGCAGCCGGAGGACGCAACCAUCAUCGACAACAGUCCGCUGCCGUGAACAACGGUGGCCAAAUCACAGCCCGGCGAGCGAUCCGAUCGCCGGCCUCGUCCCCACUGAGCAUGGCCAGUUCGCCAGUCAGUGGCACGAACCAACACCACCACCAUCACAUUACUACAAGCGUGCAUCCCCAUCCGUACAACGCGUCCGGCCGGAAAUCUCGACCACUGAAGGGCCCGUCAUCAUCAUCAGCGCCCUCUUCGUCCCACACACACUAUCAGUAAUCUGGAGCUCGUGCACUAUUCAGCGGAUGGUUUCGUAUGGGGGGCGGAUUGAAGGAGUAGUGUGUGGGCUGAAAUGGCAGCACACACACACACACACACACAGUUUCAGUAAGCACAGUUUAACUUUCGGCGACGGUGCGUAUAAUCAUCAUUGAUAGUUUGGGCUGACAAAUUGUUGCGCCCGGUCCUAGUGCUGCCGCGUGUGACGUGUUUGUUUGUUUAGUUUUUGUUUCGAGAGAAAACGCAACAGUAUGUGAAGGAGCGACUAUCAAAACGUGUGUUGGGCGCGUGAGAGCAGUGUCAACAAACGGCAUACAAACACAACAAUCCUUCCCGCGGAUAUUUAUUAGAUAGUUUGAACAUUACCCCCAUCUGUACGAUUAGAGAGAGGAGACUCGAUGCGGAUGAAACACGUACACGACAAACAUAUACACAAAGGCAUUAUUGAACAUCAAAGGAAAAGCCCCCCCCCCCCUCUCUCUUUACAAUAGCGUUUAAGUUACGGCCCGUUUUAUGUGUUGGGGGUGGAUUUGUUUGAAAUUGCUUUAUUUAUUCCGGAUGAAUUUAAAUAAUUUGCUCGAAAUCGAAGGUGGUUUCGAAAGUUGUGCGCACAGAAGCUCUGAUGGCAGGAGGAGAAUGUAUUGGAACGCUGCAGAAAACAACAACUGAGCAGUGAAAAAAAAACAAAGGGCAACCCAAACACAAGCCAACAGCACGAUAACUGCACACACGGGUACGAAAAGGGGAAUUGUAGCGAAACAAUUGAAUAGCUAUCAGCACUAGGUUUAGUUAAAAGCAGCCGCCGCCCAACGGAACGGCUCUGGCCUCUCAACACGUGCGCGCGUUUUUGUUUUUUUUGUUGACAUUUGUCUUUGCCGUUUUUUACGCUCUGCUAGAAGAAUAGUUUAUCUACUUUGUGUUUCGUUAGCCCCUACCCGGCCGGGUUCGGCUGCCUAAUAUAUAAUAAAACCAAAUUUCAAUCUCGUUUAAGUCAAUCAAAGAUUUACCUACCUACUCUUAUUCAUUCUUGCGAGGCUCAACGAAUGUGAGUGUAGAAGCGAACAGCUUGGGCAGGGGUGAAACGGGGUUUGAGGGGUGGGAGGAAAGCCGAUGUGCAGCAGUGGCGCUUUGGCUGUCUCGCUUUCCCACCCCACCCCCUGCCAGAUAUUUAGCGAGUAAGAUAUAACUGUGCUUAAAUGUGUAGAAGAAAAAGGGAAAUGAAUGUGUUUUGGGUGUGUGCGUGCGUGUAGGAAAGGAAGGAAAAUUGGUCUUUGGUGGUCGGUUCUUAAAUUUCGGAGGAAACUACUUUCCCUCCCAAAAUACAUUACCACAACACCAUACACUUGUACCACUUGUGACACCAUACCAUACUAUUUUCACGAGCCCAGCCGGUUUUACCUUUCCUUCGCGUACUGCCCACCCGGUAGACGGACGGACGCGGUUUGAGAAAAGAUGUUUAAUAAUUUAAGAAAAUAAUACCUAUACUGAACAAACAACAAACAAACCGAAAACAUUAAAUUGAAAAUAAAUAUUUGCCAACAAUGUAAUUAUCUUA